UCGGCAGUCGCGUGGUGUUCAAAGAGCUGUGUAGACGGAGGAACGCGAUUAUACGAGUUUGUAACUACCGCACGCGUGCGUUUAUUUAUACGUGAAUAUUUCUCCGAAACCUAUAAAAAGAGAAAAAAACAAAUAGUUGACAAACAUUGAUAUACCUAAUAAUUAAAAAAUUACGUGCAUUUGGUUGUGAAUUAAAAAUUGACGACGAUUGUAACGACAAAAAAAAACAAAUGGAUCAUUACGAAGUUGAGAGUCAACAGAUAGAAGCGUUACAUUGAAGGAUUUAUUCCAAGUAUUAUUGAAUAGGUGAUAAAUAACAAGUGGCUAAAAAUAUAGAGAAAAUUUAAUAUAAAGAACAGUGCUCGGUGAAAGAUAGUAUUUGAUGACACAAUGACGCCGAGUCCAAUGGAUGAAAGUUUGGUGAGCCAUGGAAAUAACAAUGUGGUUUCCUUGUUGCCGAGGACUUCAGUACAAUUGGAGUUCAGAAAUAUUACAUGCUCCAUGAACAUAUUUUCUAUAAAUAAACUGCGGUUUGAAAAUAAAACCAUUAUCAAGGGGGUAAACGGAUGCUUCAAACCUGGAGAACUGACAGCUAUUAUGGGACCUUCUGGUGCUGGAAAAACUACUUUACUCAAUAUUUUAGCAGGCUAUUCAACACUAGGCGCCAAAGGAGAAAUAUCCGUUAACGGCGUAUGCGCGUGUGCAUCGCAAUCGACAGGCCGCGGCGGGGCCCGAUACAUCCGCCAGGAAGAUGACCUCCGAGCACACCUGACUGUCAACGAAGCCAUGUCUCUUGCAGCUGCACUAAAACUGGCUGAUUUCACGUCGCACGAACGAAAAGAGAAAAUUUCUGAAAUCCUGGCAAUCUUGGGUUUGGAAAGAACGUCACUAACACUUUGUCGUGACCUCUCAGGAGGCCAAAAACGUCGAAUUGCUGUCGCACUAGAGCUACUUUCGGACCCUUCGCUACUUUUCCUUGAUGAACCAACAACCGGUUUAGAUUCAUCGGCAUCUAUGUCUCUGAUCACGUUACUCAAUGACCUGGCCAGAGGAGGGCGGACUUUAAUAGCUACAAUCCAUCAACCUUCGGCGUUACUAUUUGAGAAAAUAGAUUCUGUUUACUGCUUGGCAGAAGGAAGAGUCCUGUACAAUGGACCAAGACAAAAUCUUAUACCUGCGUUAGAGAGUGCCAAUUUAAGAUGCCCGCCUUACCAUAAUCCAGCCGAUUUUCUAAUGGAAGUGGCUUCGGGAGAGUACAAAAUAGAUCUAAUAAAAGCUGCCAAUACCAUGCAACAAUUUAAGGCUGACCCUCCAGCAAACGGCAGCUGGGAUCUCCAUGUGCCCACUAUACGUGCUUUACCUUUAAAUGUCACCUCAGACCUUAAGAUGAAGAAUGUUUUAGGAGACUCUAAACACCAAACAAAAUAUGGUAAAACAUUAUAUAGACAAUCUGGUUUAUUACAACAAACAUGGAUUCUACUUUACCGGAACUAUUUGAUGACUUCAAGAAAUUACUCCCUGUUACUAGUGAGAGUGGCAGCACACGUACUCAUCGCGUUACUCUUCGGUUACCUCUAUCACGGGGUGGGCAGCGAGGCAAGCAGCGUGCUUGGAAAUUAUGUCUACCUAUACGGAUCUAUGCUGCUUGUUGUCUACACUGGCAAGAUGUCAGUCACAUUGUCUUUUCCAUUAGAAAUGAAUAUACUAAAAGGUGAAUAUUUUAACAAAUGGUACAAGUUGGGACCCUACAUAGUUUCUAUUUUAGCAGUGGAACUACCAUUUCAGAUGAUUUCGUGUGUGUCGUACGUGGUGUUAUCGUAUUGGUUGACUGACAACCCGUUGGAACCGACACGUGCAACCCUGUUUCUUGCCACUAUCGUUGCCACUUCCCUAUGUGGCCAGGCCUGGGGAUACUUUAUUGGAGCUACUACACCAACAAAAAUUGCAGUCUUCAUCGGUCCAGUGUUGGCUUGCCUGUUUUCUGUAUUCGGCUUCUGUCUCGCUCUGUCUGACACACCUUAUCCGUUUCGAUGGCUUCACCACAUCUCCUACUUCAGAGCUGGCUUCCACGUGGCCGUUCAUUCCGUAUAUGGCUUUAAUAGGACUAAAAUACAUUGUAGUAAAGAAUAUUGUCACUACCAAACACCAAGUAAAUUCCUCCAAGAAAUGGACAUGGCGGAAGUGGACGUCGGUGGAAAUAUGGCUUUGGUGCUUUCUGUUACAGUACUUAUGCAUCUGCUGACAUGUACAGCCCUGUGGUACAGAUUAAACAAGAGAUGAUGUGUAUUCCAUUAAUAUGAAACUUAGCCUCACCGAGCACGUUAGUUAUACACAUACUUAAAUCUCACUGUUACAUCUGUGAUAGUAGAUACAAAAGACAACGUGUAGAACUAUUCAAAUCUCAGUUUUAAUUACGUUGUAAGUAGUGAUAUAAUCAAAUGACACUAUUAAAUUGAAAGUAAUUUAUAGAUGCUAUAGACAGUGUUACGAAUUACAACAAAAUUAGAAAAUUGUUUAUACCACAACAUCGUUUUAAAAUAAAAAAUAAGACACACUGUAUUAUUAUAGUAAUUUCAUAUAUUAUAAAGUAGGCUUGCUUUGAUAUUAUAUUGUAAGGUAGAAUGAUACAACAAAAUUAAUAAUAUGCCUAAAAAUAACAUGUCAGGUUUCAUAGUAAGCAACAAAUUAAUAACAUUCUUACAAAUAAUGUACUUUUACCGUGACUGAUUUGUUCAAUUUAAUUUUACUUUCAUGGAUUUAAAGACUAAAAUUAAGUUAAUAGACUAUUUAUUUUUUACACCUACAGAAAUUUGCAUUUAGCAUACGCCAUUCGGUGACAUUAGUUACUUCUUAUUUUUAUGACUUACGUGUCACAUCAUGAACAAAAUAUUGUAUGAAAAGCUCCUACUGCAAAACAAUGAUAAAGCAAUAAAUAUAUUUUGCUACCAGCUAUUUCAUAGGCGUAGCAUAAAAUGUUGUCAGUGACAAAUCGCUUUGUAACGAUACUACUUAUUGCAUAUCUAAUAUCCACUAACAAUAUUCUAUCAACUAUCAAUCAACUGUAAUUCAUAACUUUCAAUUCUGAUCAAUGUCUAAAGUCGAAGCCCCAACUUCAGUCACUAUAUAAAUAGAUAUUAUAUUUAAUAUUCUUUUAACCAUUGUAAUUAAUUUGUUGCUAAUACAUAAUAUUUGACUUUUUAAAUUUGUGCUAUUUAAACAACUUAUGUAGAUACCGUUUUUGACGAUUGUUUAUGUCAUGAUAAUUAUUAUAUUCUUUAUGUACUGUAUUAUAUAAUUUAUUAUUCUAUAUUUUAAAAUAUGCAUAUAUAAUAUAAAACAUGUGAUAUUGGAGGUGAAAUUAAAUUUAUAAAUAAUAAUAAUAAAUAUUAGACUGAUGUAAGUACUUAUAUUUAAUAAAUCACCACAUCGGAACUGAUGGAUGUAUAAUUAAUUUUCUAUUCUUCUUAAUAAAUUCCAUAAUUUCAAUAGCAUAUUAUACAUUCUUGGAUAUAUACUUAAAUACUGUAAUAAUUUCUAUUUAUAAUGAGAAACAAUUACAUCUAUACGGACAUAAUGAAUACUGAUAAAUGUGUCUCUUUAUUUGUGCCUUAUUUCUAGUUUCAUGCAAUAAUAUGUGUAAAUUAUUAAGUUUUAAUAUUAUGGUGAUUUGAUUAAAAAGGACGGUUAGAAUGUAUGACGACAUUAAAUAAUACAUGGAUGGUAUUACUUGUUGUUUUGAUUGAUAUUAACCGUUUUCAAUGAGUGUCUUUACUGUACCUAAGCAAAUGUUCCCUAGAUUAGCUAUUUUCG